AUGGAACGACGAGCAGCCGAGCAGCUCCUUGAGCUCCGGCGAACCAGAAGCUCGACUCGAUCCAAGAGUCCCAAUCUCAAAAUCAAGCAAGAGAUAAGACAGAGACUCAGAAACCUCGACCCCUACGACAGGAUAAAGCUACAGGAGUACGAGAUCGACGAAGGCAAUGACAUCGACUCGGACGAACCCUUAGCCUCGCAGACAUACCCAAGCACCGGUCACGCCCCGCUCAACCAACGACCCAACGUCGACAAAACGCACAACAACCAAGAAGUACGCUUCUAUGGUACAGAGGACGUUGACGCCAACAACAGACCUGAAGUUCAGAUUCAGGAGAAACCCCUGUUUGGAGAUGACGAACUACUUGAAUUGACACACAAACGACACUACAGAAUCUUCUGGGCAGACUGCAUAUACGACGAAUGCAAGACUCACCUCCGCUCGAAAGAAGAAUAUGCCUUCUACCCCCGACGACAAGGACGAGAGCCUAUCCCAAAGGCCUACCAAGACUCGGAACUCAACACAUGGGAAGUCAAGGAAUAUCUCACUAAGUGGCUCUGCUUCCAGCCAAGCCCAAAGCAUCCCAUGCCUUGUGUCAAUCAUAUCACCAAGCACUGGUCAGACUGCAUGUUCGACAAAUGCAAGUACCAUUACGAAGGAAAAGCACAAGCCUGGAGAACACAGAUCAAAGGAAAGAACUCCAACGACAGACAUCUCUUCCUGGAAGCCAUCAUCGAUGGGCAGCCCACACAGGUCAUGAUCGACAGUGGAGCCCAAGCAAAUUUCAUGUCACCACGAUUGAUUAAUCAACGAAAAAUUGCAUGGAGACUCAAGGACGAGCCAUACGCUCUUCAGAAUGUGGAAGGAGAAACGGUUGAGUACGACGGAGGCACCAUCAGCAAGGAGACCGCGCAACUCUCUAUGGUUAUCCAUGGUCGUCAAGAACAGCUGAUCUUCGACAUCACAAAGAUAGGACAACUAGACGUUAUCCUAGGAGUCCCAUGGCUACGAAAACACGACCCAGACAUCAGUUGGAAGGCCAACCAACUUCGAUGGAGAGAUUCAGCCACGGAAGCGCGUUGCAUGCCGCAACCCCCGGGUGAACACAGACGACAGAGAUACGUCGCCUACGUCAAACGGAUCGAACCUAUGAAAGAUGAGCGAUUCGAAUCCUUUAUCAACGAUCAGCGGGAAGAGGAACGACUCUCCCCAAUCCCCGCAGAAUACCGCAGUUACAAGAAGCUGUUUGCCGAAGAACUGGAAACAGGCUUACCAGAACAUGGUCCUUGGGACCAUGAGAUUCCCAUCAAGGAAGGGGAACACCCGAAAUUUCAUAAGCUCUACGGACUUAAUGAAAACCAGCGGGAAGAACUCGACAAGUACAUCGACGAAAACCUCAGAAAAGGUUACAUUCGACCAUCGACAUCCCCAGCAGGAUACCCUAUCCUGUUUGUACCCAAAAAGAACGGCAAGCUACGACUCUGUGUCGAUUACCGACAGCUCAACGACAUCACAAUCAAGAAUAGCUACCCGUUACCUCUCAUCACAGAACUUCGAGAUCUACUCUACGGAGCCAAAUGGUUUACAGCCCUCGACCUUAAAGGAGCCUACAACCUGAUCAGAAUCAAGGAAGGGGAAGAAUGGAAGACUUGCUUCCGCACACGAAGAGGCAAUUACGAAUACCUCGUCAUGCCCUUCGGACUCACCAACGCCCCCGCCUCCUUUCAAACUAUGAUCAACCAUGUCCUACGAGAAUACCUGGAUGUAUUCGUUGUCGUUUACCUCGACGACAUCCUCAUCUUCUCGCCCACACUCGAAAUUCACAAGGAACACGUUCACAAGGUACUACAGAAGCUGCAAGAAGCCAAGCUCCUGGUAGAACCCGAGAAAAGUGUAUUUCACAGUCAACGAGUCGACUACCUCGGAUUCACCAUUACCCCUGGUGAAAUCCGCAUGGACGACAAGAAGAUCGCGGCAGUCAAGGACUGGCCUCGACCCCAGAAUGUCAAGGACAUCCAAUCAUUCCUCGGAUUCGUCAACUUCUAUCGACGAUUCCUCAAAGGAUAUUCCGACAAAAUCAACCCCCUCAUCAAGCUCACACGCAAAAACACCACUUUCGAAUGGACUGACGAACAAGACAAAGCCUUCGAAGACAUCAAGCAGCAAGUUCUAUCCGAACCUGUCCUGAUGAUCCCAGACCCUAGGAAACCCUUCGAACUUGAGACCGACGCCUCGGACUACGCCAUCGGUGGACAACUCGGACAACGCGACGAGGAAGGAAGACUGCACCCUUGCGGUUUCUUUUCCAAGAAACUCAGCGGACCCGAGCUCAACUACCAGAUCCACGACAAAGAACUCAUGGCAAUUAUCGAAGCCUUCAGAGAAUGGAAACCUCAACUCUCUGGCACUAAGCAUGAAGUCAAGGUCUACACCGAUCACAAGAACCUAGCCCACUUCACGACAUCGAAAGCCCUCAACAAGCGACAGAUUAGAUGGUCAGAAUUCCUCUCGGAAUUCAACUUUCGGAUCAUCUACGUCAAAGGAACAGAAAACGGCAGAGCUGAUGCCCUGAGCCGAAGACCGGACCACGAAACCCCGGUACCAGACGAAACUCUUGUCAUCUUGAAGCAAGACGACAAAGGCGACCUAGUGCCCGCACAGAAACUCAUCAUGAUCGGCACCCGUGUCAAUACCAGCACGACUGGCAGAAUGACACCUGAACAGAUCAGAGAAAUUCACAGCGCCCGCGCACACGGACACCAAGGAGUUACGAAAACAUUCAAGCGAAUUCGACAACACUACGACAAGAAAGUCACACGAGCAGAAGUGGCUUCCGCAAUCAAGGAUUGCGAGAUGUGCAAGAAAAGCAAGAACAGUCCGCACAAACCCUACGGACAGCUACAACCAUUGCCAAUCCCACCAGAAGCAUGGCAUUCGAUCUCUUUGGACUUCAUCGUCAAACUCCCAAAGUCAAGAGAACCACUCACGAAAACCUGGUAUGACAGUAUACUAGUUAUCGUCGACCGACUUACAAAGUACGCCUACUUUAUCCCGUACUUGGAAUCAAGCACGGCAGAAGGCCUCGCGUACACAUUUUUGAAAUACAUCAUCAGCAACCACGGAUUGCCGAAAGAAAUUGUGUCAGACAGAGACAAACUGUUCACAUCCAAGUUUUGGAAAUCCCUGAUUUCGCAACUAGGAGCUGAUCACAAGCUGUCGACCGCUUUCCACCCGCAAACCGACGGACAGACCGAACGGAUCAACCAGAUCCUUGAACAAUACCUACGAUGUUAUGUCAACUACGACCAAGACAAUUGGGUACCACUGCUACCCAUGGCCCAAUUCGCCUACAACAGUGCUAUCGGAGAAAGCACCCUUCACUCGCCCUUCUACCUCAACUACGGAUUUCAACCCACCGCAUAUGGAGAACCUCGGCAAGGACCACGAGCCUUGAAAGCCGUGGCUGAUUACAACAAGCUACGAGAACUCCAGGAAAACAUCGCCAAAGACUUGGAAUUUGUUAGGGCACGAAUGAAGAAAUACUCAGACCCAUCAAGGAUGACGGGACCAUCCUUCGAAGAGGGAGAUAGCGCGUACCUCAUACGCCGAAACAUCAAGACGAAGCGACCAAGCGACAAACUCGACUACAAAAAACUUGGACCCUUCGAAAUCAUCCAAAAAAUCUCAGACGUCAACUUCAAGCUGAAGCUCCCCGACACGAUGAAAAUCCACCCAGUCUUCCACAUCGCUCUACUCGAACCAGCACCACGCGGAUCACACACAGAAGACUGCAUCAUCGUGGAAACCCACGAACCAGAGUACGAAGUCGAACGAAUCAUCGACCAUAGGAACGAAAAUGGUCAUGACGAGUAUCUCAUAAAAUGGAAAGGCUACGGACACGAAGACAACUCAUGGGAACCAGUCAAGAACCUCCAACAUUCCCAGCAGGCCCUUCAGCAGUACCACGAGAAGGACUCAAGGGACCUAGCUCCGCAAAGUCCGACCCUACGCCCAGAGAACUCCAGUCAAACACCUCGCCGGCACCCCAGGAGACGAGAUCUUGCUCGACCCUAG